AUGGCCAACAUGGAAGGUAUCAACAGCAACGACGUGCUUCUUCAUGACCUUUCUGCCCCCCAGUCAGCCAUUAUACCACCGCCGCCACCACGAGAGAAGAACAAACGGCCCCAGCUCUCUUGCAAUCCAUGUCGAGCACGCAAAGUCAAGAUUGCGGACAUUUGCCAAUACGACUUGUCCGAGUCAGAACGCCAGCCAAUCUUGCAAGCGGAAGCCCUGAAGGAAAAGGAUAAGACGAUCACCGCCCUGCGCGAGGAGAUAGCUUCAUUGCGAGGCGAGACCAUUAGAACCGAUUAUGACGACCAUGGCGCCAAGUCACAGAAGAUUCGAUUACCACCCCAUUCUCCAAGGAAGCACCACUUUCAAGGUCAUGAACAUGAACGCUAUUUCUUUGACGAAUCUGGAAUGACAAACGUAGCCGAUGAUUUCGAACAUUUGUCCUUUGAUCGCCGCCCAUCAACCUUCCAUCACCCGGUACAAUUCGAGCCGGAUAUCUUUUCAAUACGCUCGUUGAACUCGUAUCCCUUCCCAACCCUAUGGACGGCCAAAGAUGAUACAUCGAGUUUGAUCAGAUUGCUUCCUCAGGAGCAAGACCUAUUCUUCUACCUGGAAACCUUCCAGCGACGGUCACUGCUGUUCUCAUUCCCCCACGUUCCGGACCAAAUCGCCGAACCUGAUAUUAGAAAGUUCUUGGAGAACCUCGAACACAAUGCAGCUCUCUACCCAGAUCUGCUUGCAUUGCUCUUUGCAACACUGGCUCUCGGCCUUCAGGACGGAGUCUACGACAAGUGCGGCCAAAAAUGGUCGGCCGGCGCUGUUGAAAACGAGUCCAAGAAGGGGGAGGUGUUCAUCGCGGCUGCAAUGCAAUGCCUCAGGCUCGCAGCAUUCACGAAUCGUCCCACCCUUCUAGUAGUCCAAACUCUUGUCAUGAUUGCUCCCUAUCUUACCAACAGUGGCAAAUUCUUGGAUGCAUCGGCCCUUUUUGGUCUGACCGUCAGGCUAGCCGAGAGCAUUGGCUUGCACCGGGAUGCUAGUGGGCUAAACUUACAGAUAUCCAAUAAGCAGCUAGCCGCACGCAAAUCGCUCUGGUGGUGGAUCAUACACAUGGACCAGCACUAUUCUGUGACUCUUGGAAGGCCUUUGGCAAUAUCCAUGACAGGGGACUGUCCACCUCCUGAGAACCUGUUCCCCGAUCAAACUUGGAAUAAUAUCUCGACAUAUAUGGAGCAUUUCAGCAUGUUAGCGCGCCAGAUCAUUUCUGCACCCUAUCUUCCGAACGAUAAGAUUGACAAAUACACGGAUGACGUCUUGAUCCUACAUCAAUCGCUACUACCAAGCAUGUUGUUCGACAUCACUUGGCUGAAUCGCGAUAGACCUCUUAUUGGUUGGCCAUUUGACGUCCAAGCCGCGAUGCUUCAUGCUAAGGUCCACAAUUUGUUGAUAUCACUCAAUCGCCGUCGAGUCGAUCCGGUCCGUCGAAAUUCCGAUGGGUUUGGGAUGAAUCCUCUACAACUUCCUCCUGUUACUGAUAUCACAGGUGUUGUUCGAGGACGAACUCGGGUGCUUGAAUCAUGCCGCGCUCUCCUCAAUGCCUUUGAAUUCUUUCACACUCGUUUGCGAGCAGGCAUGAUUUGUUGGACCAUGGGACAAAUGGCUUUCAAUGCCUCAAUGCUUCUGACUUUAUCGAUGCUCGAGACUGGGGAGACACAAGACCUACUGCCAGUACAACAUGCAUACAGUACCUUCUUGGAGAUGAACAAGCUUGGCGUUCAUAAGCUCGCCGGCGCUGCGGUUGAGAGAUUGGGCCGGUUGAUGAAAGAAUUUCGCACCGAUGACUCUGCGAAUGAGACUGUGAUGGGCCAUGGUAGUAUGAUGUUAUUGGAAGAUCCCGGCAACCACAAGCCAGCACCAGAUAGCUCGGGCUAUGCAACUACUACCAGCAGCAGUCCAGAUCUAAAGGCAACAGCAAGCUCUUCUCAUUGUGCAAAGCCUUCAAACCGGCGGCGACAGGCAAGGCGAUCUACCACUACCCGCGACGUGGGUGUAACAAAAACUCGAAGGAAUUCACUCAAUAAAUCGCAGCGCCCGCUCGCGGAUCGCCGCUUCUCAGACUCAGUCGCACCGAGACCAGCCCAGCGCAGACGGAUCAACAGAAGCACACCAAAUCUUUCCCUUCUCACAACUCUUUCAGAUCCACGGCUGUUCUCGGCCACUUCAACGCCAGCUGUGAAAUCGGAAACCAUAUUUACGCCCUCUGUGUCGACAUUCGACGAUCUCGCUCACUCGGCUUUCUCAUCACCGCACCAACAAGCCUCUCAAGACGUCCAUUCAGUUUUGGACGAUGUCACAAACCCCCAAAAUCAUAAUUAUUCGCCUCAGCAUCCGCAGCUUCAGAGACAGCAGCAAAGCUUUCACGCGCAGCUCCAGCAACAAAUGCAACAGAAUCAGCACGCAAGUCCUCAACCCGACCAGACUAUGCGCCUUUCAAGCCAUCCGACCCAGCAGCUUCCCUCGGCGUCACAAUCAGCCUCAGCCGAUCAACACCAAUUCGACUUUUCAAAUAACUCUACUCCAUAUUCGUCAGACUUCUUUGAUGGCAACUUGCAUCCGGUCGUUGGUACUCAAGGGUUUGAAGAAAACCAUAUCGACUUUGAACACCAACCAUUCUCGACACAGCCCUUCACCAUGCCUCCUGAGCAUCAAGGAUUCGUUGCAAGCCAGUCAUAA